CGAUGCCCCGGGUUGGUACCGCGGACGCCGCGGCGCUGCUGCGCUCACCGGUGCCGCACGGCAACACACGGGAGGCUUUUCUCGUGGAUCGCACCGGUUUUUUUUUUUCCAAUUUCUUGCUAAAUACGCUGUGGCGUUUGUAUUUGUUUGGUAGCUUUAAAGCAAAGCACGCAGGUAGCGGUCGGUGUGCAAACACAAAGGGGAUAACCAUUAAACAGUGCCACUGCUGCCCAGGACAGGGAUCAGCAGCGCUGCCGUGCCCCAAGCCCUGAGCAGCAUCCCUGCGCGAUCCGCGGCGGUCUCCUCACGCCUGCCUGGGCGAGCAGGGGAGCACCUCACAGCCCCUGGAGCUGCAGGUGUUCCCAGGAGCUCCCACCGUUCCUGUUCCUCGUGGUGCCUGUUCCUGGCCUGCUGGCUGUGUGUCCCUGUCACCGUUCCAGACUUGCUGGUGCGCCCUCCACAAUGGCCUGUCGAAGUGGUUUCCCUAAGAGGUGUCUAUGAGGGCAGCUGUGUUAGACACCACCCAAAGCGUGAGCAAAAUGGACCAGAAUCGAAGGAAGUUGGAAUGAACGGCGGAAGUGUCCCACGUGAAGAAAAUGCGAGGGGUGGCAACCAUCUAUAGAUUUUUGGACAAGUGGGGAAAGACAUAAAAAGCAACAAUAAAAAUUAAAAAGGAAAAAAAAAAAAAAGCUUUGGAAGAAGAUUGUACCAGGAAAACCUCACAGAAAUCUGCUCAGCUCAUUUAUCCGAGGCACCAAUAUGAUGAUGAUGAAAGAAGAUUGUAACUAAAGAAGAGAGUGAUUUACUGCCCUGGGAAGGAGAAGAGAGUGGAAUAAACAUCUGAGAUCCGGUCAAAACACAAAUACUACAUUUUUUUUGUUAUUUUUUUGUUUGGCUUUUUUUCCUCGUGUUUUCGGUGUGUGUGCAGAGCGCGGUCAGGAGCGCGGCACUGGGACUGAGCGGGGCAGGCGCUGCCGUGACCGCCCGGAGCGCGGCCCGGCCCGGAGCCAUGGACGAUCAGUCCAGGAUGCUGCAGACUCUGGCCGGCGUGAACCUGGCCGGGCACUCGGUGCAGGGGGGCAUGGCCCUGCCGCCUCCCCACGGACACGAAGGGGCUGACGGCGACGGCAGGAAGCAGGACAUCGGCGACAUCCUCCAUCAGAUCAUGACCAUCACUGACCAAAGCCUGGAUGAGGCACAAGCAAAGAAACACGCCCUGAACUGCCACAGGAUGAAACCCGCCCUGUUCAGCGUCCUCUGCGAGAUCAAGGAGAAAACAGGUUUGAGCAUCCGAGGAGCCCAGGAGGAAGACCCUCCGGAUCCUCAGCUAAUGAGACUAGACAAUAUGCUUCUGGCAGAAGGAGUCUCAGGUCCGGAGAAAGGUGGGGGAUCGGCGGCAGCAGCUGCAGCCGCAGCAGCCUCUGGAGGGUCUUCAGAUAACUCUAUUGAACACUCAGAUUACAGAGCCAAAUUGACCCAGAUCAGACAAAUCUAUCACACAGAGCUGGAGAAAUAUGAACAGGCAUGUAAUGAAUUUACCACUCAUGUAAUGAACCUCCUCAGAGAACAGAGCCGGACACGUCCCAUUUCUCCCAAGGAGAUUGAAAGGAUGGUGGGCAUCAUUCAUCGAAAAUUCAGCUCCAUCCAGAUGCAGCUCAAACAAAGCACUUGUGAAGCAGUAAUGAUUUUAAGAUCAAGGUUCCUUGAUGCCAGACGGAAAAGGCGUAACUUCAGUAAACAAGCCACGGAAAUCUUGAAUGAGUAUUUUUACUCCCAUCUCAGUAACCCCUACCCCAGUGAAGAAGCCAAAGAAGAGCUGGCAAAGAAAUGCAGCAUCACAGUAUCGCAGGUGUCCAACUGGUUUGGCAAUAAGAGAAUCAGGUACAAGAAGAACAUCGGGAAGUUCCAGGAGGAAGCUAAUCUCUAUGCGGCAAAGACGGCCGUGACUGCAGCGCACGCCGUGGCCGCAGCUGUCCAGAACAACCAGACCAACUCCCCCACCACCCCAAAUUCUGGUUCUUCUGGUUCUUUUAACCUCCCAAAUUCUGGGGACAUGUUCAUGAACAUGCAGAGUCUGAAUGGGGAUUCUUACCAGGGGUCCCAAGUCGGAGCCAAUGUGCAGUCACAGGUGGAUACCCUGCGUCAUGUUAUCAAUCAGACGGGAGGAUACAAUGAUGGCUUGGGAGGAAAUUCACUGUACAGUCCACAUAAUUUAAAUGCUAAUGGAGGCUGGCAGGACGCAACCACUCCAUCUUCUGUGACUUCCCCUACAGAAGGGCCGGGAAGUGUGCACUCGGAUACCUCUAACUAAUCUCCUAGCAACACUUUUUCCCUGAGCUGAGAUGCCUUGAUUAGCGCAUUCAGAGUUGCAGGAGAAAAAGGAAAGAGUUUUUUGUAGCCAACCACCUACAGCUUUACUGUAAAACCUUGUCUUAUUAGAAAACUUGGUAAAUCUGUUUUUUAAAGGUAUCAUAAUCAUUUGUAUUUAUACUUAAAACACACAAUGUUAAAAAGCACUUUAUCCAAUUAGGCCAAGAUUUAGCAUUGUUUAUAGCCCUGUAACUAUUUUAUCAUAAUUUAUUAUCAGCAGUUUUAACGAUGUUGGUCUAACAGUUGCCAAUUACUUGGCCUUAAGGGUAAAAGUACAGGACAAGCUUAACCUCAGUAGCAAAAGCAGACACAAAGAACCGCCUCACCCAAAUUUAAUUGUGUGCAUAUUUCCAUGGAAAGUCGACAGGAAUCACAGACUUUGAUUGUGUUUCAUCUUUUCAUAUCUCUCACAGAGCUGGAAUAAAAAGAGCUGUUCAGUUAUUUCGGUUAACAAUGGUCGUGUUUAAGAAUCCUUAUUCGUCACUUUUUUGUUGAGAUCUAUUGUCUUACAAAUUAGGUUGGAAACCAGGAGCAUCUUUUCUUGCUAAAGCCCCACCCCGGAGCCCGAGUCUCCUCUCCAUAUCCGACACGGACACAGGUUGUUCUUGGGAGAUGACGACUCUUGCUGCUGGUCUCUGUGCACGCCACCACCCGGGGUUUUACAGUACGAGCUGGGUGCUACCCACGCCUGCCAAGGGCUGGUGCCUCUGCUUGGCAGCAAACCACAAACAAAGGAAAAGGAAAGGAAAAAGCACCGUGAUACGGAGUGUUGUACAUAGUGUAGCAAAAGAGUAUUUAUACAUCUCACCAAUCAAACACAGCUUUAUUACCUCAUGCGAACUCAUACAAACCAAUAGACUUUCAACAUGUUCUGUAGCUUAGAGUGCUCACUUACUACCUCUGAACGAUACUCACGCUGUAGUUUGUCUCUUUCUUAUCUUUUUGCAUCUUGUAAUUAACUCUUUGUUUCCCCACGAAAUGUAAUGUACAUUGUAAUCUCCUACAAAUCACGGUUGCCUUGGCAACUGCUAAAGAAACGGAAGUGGAAACAUGGGGUCUUAGGUUGGACACAAAACAGUGCAACUGUUGUAAAUACUGAGAAGCAUUUUGAAUGUUCUUCAUCUUGUUACUAAUACACGCAAAAACCAACAACUAAUUGUAAUGCAUACAGACUUCAGUAUUCAGUACUGUACAUCCCCCUGGAUUGCAGGGGCCCUUUCUUUCUCUCUUUUGUAUUGUAUGCGAUUCUGAAACUGAUUGAGUCAUGAAAAUAAUUUGUGGCAGUGAUUCUAAUGUAUUAAACCGUUUCGUGUUACUUUCUAACUGGAUUACACCCUGGAUUGAAAAGUCUUCCUCGUGGUAGUUAUAUGUAGUUUCAAACAUGAAUAAACUUUUUGCUUUCAUGAUCAAA